AUGUGGCACCAUCACAAAGGCGACAUUGAGAUUAUCGAGCGCGUUCUUCACCAGAAAUAUGGCCCCAUCAUUCGAAUCGCACCCGAUGAGGUAGUGACGACCGACACCACGGCCAUUCCACACAUCUACCCGGUUCAAAAGGCCCUACAAAAGACGGAUUGGUACAAUCCAUGGCGACCAUCAGGACUAAACAGCCAGCCGGACUUGUUCACGCAGACCAACGAGAAAGCGCACGCAGCGUAUCGAAGGAUUGUUGGAGGUGUCUAUUCCCUUUCCAGCAUACUGAAAAACGAACCGAAUCUGGAUGCGACCUUGGAACUCUUUCUUGAACGAUUGGGUAGCUUCGCCGAUAGCAACGAAGUAUUUGACUUUGGUCUUUGGCUCGAGAUGUACUCUUUUGACAGCGUCGGUGUCGCCUUCUUCGGUCAAGCCUUUGGUUUUCUCAAGGACAGCAUCGAUUACAACAACUACAUCCACUCGGUCCAUCUUGCGAUGCCAUUUCUUACACUUCUGACAGUCACUCCGUACUACAUACGACCGUUUCUGCUUUUGGUCGCUGUGUGCAUUCCGAGCUUACUGAAGGCUGUGCUGGCGGUGGAGGAUAUCAAGAAGACUGCGAUUAUAGAGACGAAGACAGCUACCGAGAGAACCCUUGAAGUGACGGGAAAGCGACCCGACCUACUUUCUCAGCUUCUGGCGAUUGUGCAAGAAAAGGGAGAGAAAGUAAACUACUCGCACAGAGAGAUCACAUCGGACAUGUGGGUUGCAAUCAUGGCUGGAGCUGAUAGCACGUCCAUCGCAAUGCGCUCCGUUUUCUAUUUCUUGAUGAAGAACCCCGAUAAACUGGAAAAGGCGCGCGCAGAAGUUGAUGCGGCCUUUGAGAACGGUGCCCUCUCAUCACCAGUACAGUACAGUCAGGUAUAUUCUCUUCCAUACCUCGUAGCGACUGUGAAGGAAGCCCUGAGAUUAUUCUCUCCAUUCUCGGUAUCGAUGCCUCGGUACGCUCCGAACGAAGGAAUCACUCUGUGCGGGAAGUACAUCCCAGCGGGCUACACAGUUGGAAUGAACCCUUCAAUCGUUUCGCACGACAAAGACAUAUUUGGAAAAGAUGCGCUAGAAUUCGUUCCCGAGCGAUGGCUGCAGAGUGAAGAUCGUACGCGGGCGAUGGAGAAGACAAUCCUAGGUUGGGGUGCUGGGACACGCACAUGCGUUGGCAGACCCCUCGCUUUGACACAGAUUUACAAAGUGACUGCCGAGGUAUUGCAUCGGUUCGACUUUGAGAUGGCACAUGACAAGCCAUGGAAAACGCACAAUGCUUCUUUCAACGUCCAGACUGGUGUUGAGUCAUCAGUCAACACCGAGAACCAAUAUCACCCAGAACACAACAUGGACUCGCUUCCCGUGAACAACAAGACGGCCGGUGAGCCUGAGAGUGCAUACAACAACACACUUGAAACCGGUGCUGGUAUGACUCAGAACUUCGCACCAGUCAAGAGGAUAUGCGCUCACCUCAACGCCUUCCACGCGUAUGCUCACGACCCCAAGCGCGAUGCAGUCGAAUCAAACCACUACUGCGCGCACCUGAACGAUGAAGUACGCCAAUGCAUCCUCUACGACUCUCCCGAGAAAGGCGCGCGAAUCAUCGGCAUCGAGUACAUGAUCUCUCCCAAACUCUACUCAACCCUCGACGCCGAAGAGCAAAAGCUCUGGCACUCCCACGUCUUCGAAGUAAAGUCCGGAAUGCUAAUCAUGCCGCGUCCAACCGGCGUACCAGAAGCCGCAUGGGAAGUAGCCGAGAACAAAGAGAUGGAAGAAGUCGUCGAGCUGUACGGCAAGAUCUACCAUCUCUGGCAGACUGACCGUGGCGACAAGUUGCCGCUGGGACCACCGCAGUUGAUGACGAGUUAUACGGCGGCGGAUCAGAUGCCGGAUUUUGAGAAGAGGCUGAAGGAGAGGGAUCAGCGGUUCGAUAGCGAUUAUCAGAGGAAGAAGGGGGUGAGGGAGUAUAUUGAGGUGCCGAAGAUUCAUGAGAAUGCUGAUGCGACGUGGGCGAAGGGGGGUGUUGGUCAUUAG